AUGGCCAAAAGCAAGGUAGCACCCGUCAAACAAGUGACCUUGCCGAGGCUGGAGUUGUGCGCCGCCACGCUACUCACCAAUUUGAUGCGACAUGUCAAACAAACGCUCGACCUGGCAACAUCCGACACAUACUUAUGGUCUGAUUCAACAGUGACCCUCCAGUGGAUUCGCGGUCACUCUUCACGCUGGAAGACUUUCGUCGCCAAUCGAGUCGCUCACAUCCAGACGCAGCUGCCUAAUGCACAAUGGAGACACGUAGCUGGUCACGACAACCCUGCGGACUGUGCAUCAAGGGGUAUUAAUCCAAGCAAACUGAUCAAUCACGCUCUAUGGUGGACAGGACCUACCUGGUUAUCACAGAACGAAUCGGCCUGGCCAAACUCCGAGAUGGAGAUCCGAGGAGACGACGUGCCAGAAAGGAAAGCCACGAGCUUGAUGACUGUGAACCGGGUCAUCAUCGAGCCAGAAAUCCUGCUCCGCUUCUUAUCACUGCAUCGCCUGCUACGGAUAUCUGCAUGGUGCCGUCGCUGGCUGCGCGCUUCCGAGCCGACUCACACUGCUGGAUUAACGUUGAGUCCGGAGGAACUUGACAUGGCACUCUUUCGUUGGCUUCGAGAAGUGCAGACACUGCAUUUCACGGACGAGAUCAUCGCAGUCGCAGCUGGACGCUCCGUCGCACCAAGCAGCACAUUAGCCAAGCUGACUUCGUUCCUCGACGACCAUGGUGUUCUGAGAGUGGGAGGUCGGCUUAAGAACGCCCUGCUGACACAGGAUAAGAGGCAUUCGAUGAUCAUUCCAACCUCGUCGUGGCUGACUCGUCUGCUGGUGGAAUCCUGUCACCGUCGGACGCUGCAUGGAGGAGUGCAACUCACCCUGGGGCUGCUUCGACUGCGUUUCUGGAUUCCACGAGGACGCACAGUCGUAAAACAACAACUACAUCGUUGCGUCACCUGCACAAGAUGGCGAGCAACGACGCUUCAGCCACCGAUGGGUAAUCUACCCCGCGAUCGGGUCACUCCGACUCGACCAUUUCUGCGCACUGGAGUGGACUAUGCAGGACCCAUCCUCAUCCGGACGAGCAAGGGACGAGGACACCGCGCCUAUAAGGGCUAUAUCGCAGUAUUCAUAUGUUUUUGGUCCAGAGUCAUCCACCUCGAACUUGUCUCGGAUUACUCUUCAGAGGCCUUCAUCGCCGCUUUACGUCGCUUUGUCUCACGUCGAGGUCUCUGUACGGACAUAUAUAGCGACUGUGGAACGACCUUCAUCGGGGCUGACCGCACUUUACGUGAGCUCUUUGUCACUGCAUCCACAGAGGGUCGUGGAAUUGCACGCGUAGCUGCUGAACACGGCAUACGGUGGCACUUUAAUCCACCAGCAGCUCCGCACUUCGGCGGAUUGUGGGAAGCAGCCGUCAAAUCCGCUAAGUAUCACUUACGGAGGGUGUUAGGUGAAACCACCCUCACCUUUGAGGAACUGACCACACUCCUCACACAAAUUGAGGCCUGUUUAAAUUCUCGUCCAUUACAGGCACUCUCUGACGAUCCAGACGAUGUUACAGCACUGACUCCGGGCCACUUCCUGAUCGGCGCGCCGCUUCUCGCCAUCCCGGAGCCAGUACAGGAGGACAACCGUGGAUCCGCAGCAUCACGAUGGCAUCAUCUCCAGGCAAUGCGCGACCACUUUUGGCGGAGAUGGGAGAAUACAUCCAUGGACUCACCUCACGACCUAAAUGGCUGA